AAGAAGAAGAAGAAAGCGGAAGAUGAAGAAAGAAGAAAAAAAUUCAGCCAUCAUUCUGAGGUCAACAGCCAGGAUGCCAAGACAUUGUUCAGCAGGGGGUUGCAAAUCGAGGGACAACCAUGAGACUCGAAAUGCUGGCGUCACCUUUCAUAAGUUACCCAAAGGAGCGGCUCGGAGAAACCUUUGGAUCAGUAACUCUCACCGUGCAGACUCCUGGGAUCCUCAGACAGACUUUGUCUAUUUUUGUUCAAAGCACUUCCCACCCGAGAGUUUUGAGCUGAGUGGAAGCAGUGGAAUCAGACGACUAAAGGAAGAUGCAGUUCCUACUUUAUUUGAUUUCUCUCCAGCAGCCAAACACAAAAGAGCAGGAAGGCAGCAGAAAGAAGACAACAUCCCUGUCAGGAAGAGUUCCCACUCAGGAGCACAGGAUGGCACACAUCAGGAGAUCAACCAGCGUCACACUGCAGAAGAACCCACAGUUGAAAAGUCAGUGGGAUCCACUGAGGAGACUACUCAAGACAUGCCUGGAUUUUCUCAAGAAACAUCAGGGUUGGAGCAGCUGUUGCAGCAAGAACUCGAUCCUCCACCUCCAGAGUCUCGACCCGUUUCCCCGUCACGUUACAUGAGACGUCUGCCCCCCCCUCCAGGCUUCUACUUGUCAAAGGAGCACAGCUACGCUCAGCUCUGUCCCCUGUUGUGGAGGAGACGUUAUGACCAAGUUGUAGACUGCUUGGAAAAAGCCCUACGACAACUGCAUGCAGCCAGGCGGAGGGAAAGCCGUCUGCGGAGCACCGUGCUGAGGCUCCGUGAUAAGCGACUAAAGCACAUUCUGCUUCUGUCACAGAAUGGUUGCAAAAACAGGGGAAGCUGCACAGAGGGGGGUGAAGAAAGACAGCACAAAGGAGAUCCUGACCUAGAGGAGAAUGAGGCUAAAUCCAAAGAUAUAAAGUUGAUUGAGGACAAAUGUGUUGGCCAAAUGGAGACAGGAUGUAAUUUUCUACCAGAGUCCAGUAGCUGUUCUGAGACGGACAAGGGAAACUGUUUGUACUGUGGAAAAGGGCAGGGGCAGAGUGGUGGGCAUUUGGAGCACGAGGACUCACCGAACACCCAGAGAAAUGUUGCAACAAGCUCCUGUGACACAGCUGAAAAUGUGGAUCACAUGCAGAUAGAUAGGCAGCAAGAAACAACCUGGAAAGAUGUGGAAACCAGUGAUACCAGUGUAACAAGUUCCCAAGUUUUGUUGCAAAAUCCAGGUGUUCAGCAUGUAGUCUCAGCUGGAGUGUGCUUUCUUAAAACUAACGAGCAGAGUUUGCAUUAUCUAGGCUCUCAGCAGAAGCUGCUGCUCUCUGACAAACGCCACGGAGAGUCUGACGUGACGAGUCAGGAUCAUCACCGUGACCUGCAGCACCAGCUGUUAUGGUUACAGGACAGCGCAGACGGGCAGGUGAUUUUGUUGACUGUCCCGACUGACGAUGAGCCGCAACGUUUUGUCACGAUGGAGAACGUGGCCGGUGAAGAAAAAAACGUUCUUUUGUCAGAACUGGAUCUAAAAGGUGUGGAAUACUUAACAGAGAGCAGCGGAGGUAUGUCCAGAGUUGAGUCGUCACCUGAUCAAUACAGUGAGCAGAAUUCAGUUUCAAAUGGUGCGUUAGUGGAAAUACGGGACGAUGUAAGGAUGAAACUUAAAGAGCACCUGGAGGGUUUCCACCUUCAACUGAGCACCGAGUUUAGAAACUAAC